UUCCUUUCACUCCAAUCUGGGCUUUGGAAUAUUAUAACACGUUACAAUCACGAGAUCUUUAGUGAGAUUUACCACCUCUUCGUUGGUUUCAAGAUCCCUGGAAGUACGUUCUCUCGUGGCGUAGAGUUUUGGAAAGUCAUCAGGACCUGCAGAUCGUGAUGCAGCAGGACAUCAUCAAGGGGAUUGCGAUUGCAAUUUUGUUCGUGUUUACCGUCUUUGCCGGUUUGGUGCCAUUGAAAAUUCGUCCGGGGUCAGGGACCGCCAGUGUACGGCAGCGAAUCCUCAGUUACUGUAACUGCUUCGCUGGGGGAGUAUUUUUUGCGACAUGUUUGUUAGAUUUGCUGCCGAUGAUCCGAGAAAAGUAUGAAGAAGCGUUUAAUCUGGCUGGUAUCCAUCCGGUAUUUCCCGUUGCAGAGUUCACGACAUGUAUGGGUUUCUUUCUCAUCUUGGCUGUAGAACAGAUCGUUCACUCUUGCCAUGGUUCUUCCUUGCUACACGUAUUGCAUGGCGACCACACAACGAAACAGCCCCUUUUGAAUAAUACUCCAGAUGAUGGUUUCUAUUCGGGUAGCGAAAGGAAAACACGAAAGAAAAACAAAUACGGAGAGUCGAGUUUGAGAACUUACAUAUUAAUCGUCGCCUUAUCGUUGCACUCAGUAUUCGAAGGACUAGCACUGGGUUUGAUCACAGAUGUCGAGCGCCUGGUACAAAUCGCCGGAGCCAUCGUGAUACACAAAUCGAUCAUUGCGUUUUCGUUAGGUGUGAACUUAGUGCAUCACGAAAUGCCAACAAAAACCGUCGUCAAAUCAUCUAUACUGUUUGCAGUCAUGGGCCCGAUUGGCAUUGCAAUUGGAAUUGCGGUGCUACACAACUCUACUGAAUUUACAAGCAGUCUCUACUCAGGCAUUUUACAAGGAAUUGCAAAUGGAACUUUUUUAUUCGUGACAUUCUUUGAAAUCUUCCAGCGAGAGCUGUCUGAGCCUGGCAGUCGUCUUCUCAAGGUACUAGCUAUAAUCGUUGGUUAUUCUGUGGUGACGGGCUUGCUGUAUUAUUCAAAUAUUCUGGAACACAGCGAAACGGACGUAGAGGUGAAUCAAAAAUGAACAACAAAUGCGACUGUUCUACCAAAUGUUGGAUCUUAAGUUGUGUUAAGAGCCGCAAAACACUACUACAGAAAUGCUCUAUCUUUUCCCAUAAGGAAUGGUAUAAUGUCGUAACUAUUUGAUUUCAGAAUUAUUAGCCUUCCAUAAAUUUUAGAAAUAGAGAAGUGAACUUUCAUGAAUACACCAGGAGAGAUCAGAGGACAUUGGAAACAAUACCCUCAUCUACCCUCUCCAUGUUUAAUAAUUAUUGUAUAGUACAAAGACCAUAGAACAGAGACUAUAUGAUGAAAGACUUGAUUGUAUCUGUGCAAUAAAAUUGCAUUUUAUCAAAUCUUGGUUAUUUAAUCCAGCUGGCCUAAUUGUUACAAGCACAUGUCAGUGAAAGAGUUAAUGACCAUUUUCAGUAACUCUGAAAACAAGACUUCAAACAUUGUAUCUUAAUGUUAUGUAAUUAUCUAAACUCCUCUUUGAUUAUGGACAAUGAGGGCUGAAGCUAUCUUGUGAAGGAUGUAUUUUUGAAUGUUUGAUAAUGAUUGUUAUGCAGCAUUCCAGGCAACAAAAUGUGAGGUGUCCAUGAUAAAUUCAUCACACUUGCCAAAUAUUUUUUAAGAGAAAUCUUUAGUUUUCCCCUCCAGUUAUUAUAGAUAAACCUUGUUUUUAAGUUGUUAACACAAAGCUUAUGAAUUCUUUCAUGUUGCUUUGGUUUACAUGUAAUCACAAUUUUGCUUUCUUAGUUCUUAGUUCAAGAUUGAUAAUAUAUUACUAGAGCUGCAUGCUGAUGUCAUUGUAUCAGAAAACUGCAUAGACAAGACUAAACAACACUAGUUUGUCUCUGUGUUUAGAUACAAUCAUUUCUUAUGAUAAUGGUUUCAAAGAUUAUACACACAAAACUUAUUUUUAACUGAGGAAUCUGAUGAUAAUCUGUAAUUAAGAGUAUCUAAAUUUAUUAUUUGUGAAAAGCAAUGGUGACGAUGGUUCAAUAAAAAAAGAGAACAAGCCUUGA